AUGGAUAUAUCACGAAUUUGGCAGGAUAUACAAAAACAAUUCAAGGUAUGUGGCUUCUUGGAGGAUCAAACAGCAGUUCAUCGUAAAAAAUUUGAAUUUAUAUUUUCACAGAUUCGAAAAUCUUUUGCGAUAAUAGGAACAAAGAUAGCAACAGUUCCUAACAAUCCAACAAAUUUAGAAGCAAUCCAAAAACUUCAAAUCUCAAUCAAUUCAUUACACGAUAUUCUAUCGAAUAACACAUUGCAAACAUGGACAAAUACAACAAUCAUCAACAAAUCUAAUUAUAUUUACAAAAAACUCAAAAAGAUUUCCUUAGACAUCUUUGCUUCAUUGAAACCAUUAGAUAUCGAAGCUGCGAACUGUAUUGAGCCCGAAUCUGAGCAAUGGGAUACAUACAAUAUAACAGACCUUCGUGCAAUCCAAGCUUCAUUUAAACAAUUUUUAAGUUUAGAUAAAUUAGAUCAAGAAUUUGCAGCAAAAGUUAGACUUCGCUUGCAAUCAGUUAAUAAUCAACUAGACAAUUUACCACCAGAUCCAGAAAUUAAUUAUUCUCCGAUUCCAGUCCAUUAUAAGAAAUGGAUUGUCGACUACAGUAAUUUUGAAGAAAUAAAAGAAAUAGGAGGUGGUGUUUCAUCAGUUGUUUAUUAUGGUAGAGAUAAAAGGACAGGAAAUGAAGUUGCAAUUAAAAAAUUCAAAUUUAAGCGAUUAAAUGGUCCCAGAUUGCAAAGUUAUCAACGUGAAGCCGCUGUUCUUGCAAAUGCCAACCAUCCGGCCUUACUUCAUCUCGUAGGAGUUACAGAUAAAAUUCCAUUUUGUAUUAUAAUGGAAUGGAUGCCUAAUCAUUCCUUAUACCAUGAUCUCCAUUCAUACCAUCACCUUGACGCCACCGGCCGCUCCAUAACUUUGUACGAUAUUGCCCGAGGAAUGCAAUUUCUUCAUAACAGGCAAAUUGUCCACAGAGAUCUGAAAUCUCUUAAUGUUUUACUUGAUAAAGACGACAGAAUAAGGAUCUGCGACUUCGGAUUCAGUCGUCAUGCAACUGAUACGACCUUCAUGAAACAUAACAUCGGAACUCCUCACUGGAUGGCCCCAGAAGUACUCCAAACCAAUGGUAGAUACACUUCCAAGAUCGAUGUCUACGCGUUCGCCAUUGUUGCGUGGGAAAUCGCCGUUGGAAAAGUUCCUUAUCAAGGAAUGGAUUCAAAUUCUAUCAUUCAUCAGGUGCUGAACAACGAUUUAAGACCACAAAUACCUGAAGACUUGAAUCCUCCUAUGAGGGACUUGAUAACUAUGUGCUGGGAACGUGAUCCGGACAUCCGACCAACUUUCGAUGAAAUUGUGAAGAGACUUUCUACGGGAGAGAUCGUUUUUAACGGGUGCGAUGUGAGUGAGUUUAAGAAAUAUGUGGCUCAGACAUCCAAUACAAGCGAGCAAUUGAAGAAUGACGUCAAAAAGAUUUUAUCUGAUAUAGGAAAUAACACGGCCAAUCAGAUUCGUAAACUUCAGAUGCUCGGAUUGCCAUCGGAUAUAGUAGAUGAGUGCUGGGAGUAUAUUUCUAAGAUAGAAAAACAGGAGGAUAAAGUUGAAUUUACAACUUUGUUCUUCGCAACGAAGAAACUUCCAGAAGUAGUUAAGUUCCUUAGAAGUCUACCCAAUGGAAGUGUUCCGCCGUCUGUUGCUGUAAGAUUGGUCGAACAAAUCUCUUCAAUUGACGAAAAAACUGAUGAAGACAUUGUUGCAACUGGCUGUAAGAGUGGAUGCGCUGAUCUAUGUGCAAUAUACUCCAAGAGGCCAAAGAAUAUUGCUACUUCUCUCGAAGUUUGCGCUUCAGUCGGAGUUGACCAAGCUCUUAAAGCAGCUGUUGAAGAUGUUUGUGUCUCGGCUUUAUCGUCAAAUGAAGAUUAUUUGGUCGCAGCAGGUGUUAGAUGUUUAAUUGGACUUGAUGAGGCCAAAAGAAUUCCGAAAUCAUCAAUUUCAUCAAUGUUGAGAUCAGGAAAUGUUACACUCCAUAAUUUGGCCCUUUUGGCUAUUUCUUUAUCACCUUUCUUGGCAAAUGACGUUAUUGACGAUGUUUUUGACUUGUUGUCAAAAGAGAAGCUUGCUACAAUGGCCAUUGUGGCUGCUGCUGGUGACCAAACAAUGUCAAUUCCUGUUUUAGAGAGAAUUGAAAAGAAAACAGGAGAUUUGGAAAUUGAUGAGAUAAAAUGUCUUCUAAGAGCUGCAAAACUGAAGCAAUCUCUGAAUGUUAUUCAGAGAAUUCUCUCUGCGAGGAAAAUUCCUGAAGAAAUUGAUCAAAAAUCUCAAAUUUCUUCUAAAUUAGUGAAAUUAUUCCAAAAAUAA